GCCGCGUUGUUUUCUCUCUCACGUGGGUCCGAUGUUUUUCAAGGUUGUAGUAACUGUAGGGAUGUAACUGUUGUUGAGACUCUAACUAGUCUUUGUUAUAAUAAUGUACAACUUUUUAAGAGCACCGAUAUUCCAAUUAUACUCUCGCAAGUGUUUAAAACAUAUUUUAGUUUCGAGAGUGCCGCUGUCAAGGAGGUAUCAAGAGUUUCCACGGUCACUUGUUUCUGUGUUGAUAUCAAAGAACUUGGGCAUCAAACAGAGCUGCAGGCCAUCCAGAGGAGGGGUGUUUAAUCUGAGAUGUUACAGCAAUGAAAAAGGAGCUCAGAAAUCAGCAUCAAAUGAACUUCAGGAUAAAUCACCCUCAGAUUUGUACACAUUAGUGGAGCCACAGAAAGAAGAGGAAUUUGUGUUCUGUGAUUUUGAUGAAUCAGUAGACAGUAAAGAUGAUAAACUACCGGACCAUCUUCACUUAUAUGAGCCCAGGAGUACUCCAGAGGCAAAAGUGCAUAUCAAGUCUGACACUGGCAUGCACCAUAGAGGACUGGAAAUGCAACUGAAGCAUUUAAAGGUCCCUACACAAUCUGGAUUGGAGGACGAUUCAUUGAUUGAGUUCCAUGAUGAAAGGUUUCCAUUGGAGGAGCAAGCCAAACCAAAGAGAGUUAGAAAGCAACACAAGAUUUAUGGUACUCCUGAUGUGGAGAUGGCAGUUAGUGAUAGCUGUUGUUCUGGUUGUGGUGCCCUAAUGCAUUGCACUGACCCUGAAAUCCCAGGUUACCUGCCAAGCGAGAAAUAUAAAGCAUUAGUUGAGGAGGAUAAACUGAAAAGGGCAAUAUGCCAGCGAUGCUUCUUGAUAAAUCACCAUCAGAAGGCUUUGAACAUCACUAUGUCCAAAGAAGAGUACAGAACGAUUGUAAGAAGGAUUAAAUCGGAGAAGGCUUUGGUGCUGUUGAUUGUUGAUCUUCUUGAUAUACCAGACUCCAUUAUUCCAGAGCUUCCAGAGCUUGUGGGAAAGAAUAAGCACAUUGUGAUCUUAGGGAAUAAAAUAGACUUGUUGCCUGGAGAUGCACAGAAUUACCUGCAACGUAUCAGGCGUCAGCUGGCGGCAUAUUGUGCUGGGAUGGGCAUUUCUACCAGUGAUCCUAAAGACAUCCACCUUAUCAGUGCCAAAACAGGAUAUGGUAUAGAAAACCUGAUAUCAAGACUACAGUCAACCUGGAAGUACAAGGGAGAUGUGUAUUUGGUUGGGACUGCCAAUGCUGGGAAAUCCACACUGUUCAAUACGCUGCUAGAGUCUGAUUAUUGCAAAUCCAGAGCUUCAGAUGUGAUCCACAAAGCUACUAUAUCUCCAUGGCCAGGAACCACAUUAAACCUUCUGAAGUUUCCCAUCAUAAACCCAACCCCCUACCGUAUGCUCAGGAGGGCGGAGAGACUGAAACAGGCAUCUCUUCUUACUGAGGAAGACAUGAGUCCUCAGGAGAUGAAGAGAAUCAAACAGUUCAGCAAGCAGGGAUACUUGGUUGGUCACAUUGGUAGGACAUUCCGAGCAGAUCAGUCACACAAGAAAGUCCUUGUAGAGUUCGAUCCUGACAGUCUGAGCUUUGGAGAAGACCCUGAGGAUGACAACAAACAGAUUCUGUCCGCAGACUCCACCACAGACUCAGAGCUUAGCUACAAUGAAAUCAAAGAUGCACGCUGGUUCUACGACACACCGGGCAUCAUGAAAGAAUGUGACGUUCUCAGCCUGUUGACUGAACAGGAAGUGAAGCUGGUGGUUCCUACGCAGGCUAUUACACCGAGAACAUUUGUGAUGAAGCCUGGUAUGGUUUUAUUUUUAGGAGCUUUGGCACGCAUUGAUUAUUUGGAGGGGGAAAGCUCAUGUUGGUUGACAGUUGUUGCCUCGUCUCGAGUUCCGGUUCACAUCACCACUUUGGAUAAGGCUGACGCGAUCUACCAGAAGCAUGCUGGGAAAAUCCUUCUUGCAGUCCCAUCAGGUGGCGAGGAGCGCAUGAUACAUUUCCCACCACUUGUUUCUCAAGACUUUAAACUCCAGGGGCAGAGCUCCAACACCGCAAUUACUGACAUAAAAAUUUCAUCAGCAGGCUGGGUUGCCGUGACAGCAGCCGAAGGAGAUCAGCUGUUGCUAAGAGCUCACGCCCCUGAGGCAGCAGGACUGUGUUUACGCACCCCACCUUUACUGCCCCACAUUGUGAAUCUGAAAGGAGAACGAAUCAACAAGACUCCCACCUAUAAGACCAAAAAGCCACAGGCUCUGGUGGACACUGGUCUGUCUGCAAAAGCAGCUGAGAGGCUCAAAGUGAGAAAGAAAAAGUGAGAUCAAAAUAUGAAACAAAUAUUCUGGGUUCAAUACGAGUUAAGCUAAAUUGACAGCAUAAUGUUGAUGUUUGGAUGUGUGACUUGCCCCAAGUUUAUUAUUACAUUUUUUAAAUCACAGUUCCAAUGAAAGUGUAUGGGGCCAGUCCAUUAUCCUUAAAAUACCAUUUCAAAAGUACAGCCAGAAGAUGUAAACAUUGUGUUAAUAAUCUUAUCAGUGUAAAGUUAAAUCCAGUAUUACAACUUGAAUGCUGUGACUAAAAUGCUGGUAAAUGCCUGUAAGCAUUUUAUCACACUAAAAUCAUGUCAACAAGUAUAAUGUUCAUCUGUACAUCUUGUUGCUAUACUUUUGAAACUGGGAGUAUUUUUGUUUAUGGACUGGCUCCAUUUACUUCCGAUGUACGUGCCUCACAGUAAUUGUAAAAACAUUUUAUAUAUAUAUAUAUAUAUAUAUAUAUAUAUAUAAACCAGAUCUGUCAGACAGUUUUCAGUGGUAAAUCAACUUUAUGCUGUGAAUACUGUUGAUUUGAGCUUAACUUGUUUAGAACCCAGAACAUUCCAUUAAUGUGCUGUUGCAUGCAGGCACAGUUUCUCUGACACAUCCAAAUAUUUCAUAUGUGAAGUAGUAAACAAUGUACUGCUGUUUGGAUAAUAUAUUUUCAUACUAAUGUACUUAUUAAAAUGUGCUUAUUGUUUAUGUAUUUAA